UUUCGGCCCCUUAUCCACAUCUGCAACUCCCACAUCUCCUCCCUUCCCACCAAACCCAGCGCCAUGCCACUGCCGCUGCCCGCCGUGGGCACGGGCCCCGCGUCGGCGAUAGGUCCGGUCACCGCCGCCGCGGCAGCAGCACCCCUUAGAUAUCGUCCCAUACGACUCCGCGCAUCCCCAUCGACAGCUUCCUCUCCUUCAACCUCUGCGAUCUCCAGCUCGCCGCCCCCGCCGUCUGUGAGGCAUUCCCGCAAACACCUGGCGGGCAGAGGCAACGCCCCGGCGAGGCCUUCCAAGGACCGGGUGUUCUUCCUCGACGUAAACCCUAUAUGCUUCCGUGGCUCUCAGCGUAGCCUCAGCGCCUUCGCGCGCUGGCUCGCGCUCUUCUUCACGCACGUCAGCCUCCGCGACCCCGUCGUCGCCGUCUUCGAUGGGGCAGGCGGGAACGACUACCGGAGGCGGCUGCUGCCGUCCUACAAAGCGCACCGGACUCGUGGCGUGGGCACCGGUGCCGAUUCACGCGUGGUUGAUGUGCUCCGCGAGUGCAAUGUUCCGAUUGUGCAAGUGGAUGGAUAUGAGGCAGAUGAUGUAGUCGCUACCUUGACAGAGCAAGUAUUGCAGAAAGGUUAUAGAGUUGUCAUUGGCUCACCAGACAAGGACUUCAAGCAGUUGAUAUCUGAAGAUGUUCAGUUAGUUAUGCCCAUUCCUGAGAUUGGUCGAUGGUCCUUUUAUACACUGAGGCACUAUGUUGCACAAUACAAGUGCGAUCCAACUGUAGAUUUGAGCCUCAGAUGCUUUAUGGGUGAUGAAGCGGAUGGUGUUCCCGGAAUCCAGCAUCUGGCUCCUGGUUUUGGUCGCAAGACUGCAGUGAAACUACUGAACAAACAUGGUUCAUUAGAAAACUUACUUAAAACAGCUGCAGUUAGAACUGUAGGCAAAGAGUAUGCCCAGGAUGUUCUAGUCAAGCAUGCAGAUUACCUGCGGAAAAACUAUGAAGUUCUCAGCUUGAAGAGGGAUGUAAAUGUUCAGCUUGAUGUCAGAUGGUUAUCUGCAAGGGACACUUGUAAUGACACCAGUGUGUUAUCUGACUUCAUUCUUAAAUUCAGUGAAGGAUAGAAGCUAAAUAGCAGGUUUCAGAACUGGAACCACGGAAGCUGUGUCUAACCAACCCACGCCGUUUUCAUCUCGUCGAACGAGCAGGAAGGUGAUGCUGGGUACAAGAUGCAGGCGGAGAUGUGGUCCAGGAGCAGCAUAGUACUCAUACUACAGUAGUACGUGCAGGUGCAGCGUCACAGUGACCCAUCGUCUCACCCGAAGACAGACAUCGGACAUGCUACCUCAGCUUUUUUUGUCAUGCUAGUAGCAUAUCUUAAAGAGCAUCUGCAGAGAUUCAACAAGGGCGAGCAUCUGCUGGCAGAUCUCAUCUGAUGUAUGUAUGUAUCCUCGGAUGCUACUUACUACGCGAUGCUGCUAAUUGAAUACCGUGUUGGUCUAGGUCCGUGGGACGCUGGCCAUGGCAAAAUCUAGCGCGAGGCUUUGCUGUGGUCUGGAUGACUCUGCAUGAUAAACCUGCUGUGCUUGUAUCUUUUUCUUUCGUUGAUCGGUUCAGUUUGAUAAUGGAGAGUUUCACGACGGGCCCGCGGCCGCGGAAAUGAUUCAGAAAGAGCA